CCGCCCCACUUCUCAUUCACUUGGCUCGCACAGCUCAGACAGCGCAGCUAGCACACACCGCCAGUCUGUGCGCAGAGCGGGAGCCAGAAGCCGCCGGGACACCCGGCCAUGCACGCCCCCAACUGAAGCGACGCCUCAAAGCCACAGCUUCUAGCAGCCCAGCGCAUUGCAAGGACGCUCAGGCCAGCUCCAAGGAACAUAACUCUUGAGACCCUCGGAUCCUCCCUUGUAGGAAAGUCCUCCCUCAGACGCUCGGCUAAGUGCAGACAGGAGCGCACGGUGGCCCCGGCUCGCCGCAUCAUGGAGCGGAUCCCUAGCGCGCAACCACCUCCUACCUGCUUGCCCAAAGCGCCAGGACUGGAGCACGGAGACUUGUCAGGGAUGGAUUUUGCCCACAUGUACCAAGUGUACAAGUCCAGGCGGGGGAUAAAACGGAGCGAGGACAGCAAGGAAACUUACAAAUUGCCGCACCGGCUGAUUGAGAAAAAGAGACGUGACCGGAUUAACGAGUGCAUUGCCCAGCUGAAGGAUCUCCUACCCGAACACCUCAAACUUACAACUUUGGGUCACUUGGAGAAAGCAGUGGUUCUGGAACUUACUUUGAAGCAUGUGAAAGCACUGACAAACCUAAUUGAUCAGCAGCAGCAAAAAAUCAUUGCCCUACAGAGCGGUUUACAAGCCGGGGAGCUAUCAGGAAGAAAUAUUGAGGCAGGACAGGAAAUGUUCUGCUCAGGUUUCCAGACAUGUGCCCGUGAGGUGCUCCAGUACCUGGCCAAGCAUGAGAACACUCGGGACCUGAAGUCUUCCCAACUCGUCACUCAUCUCCACCGUGUGGUCUCCGAGCUGCUGCAGGGUAAUGCUUCCAGGAAACCCUUGGACUCAGCUCCCAAAACCAUGGACUUCAAAGAGAAGCCUAGCUUCCUAGCCAAGGGAACGGAAGGCCCUGGGAAAAACUGUGUGCCAGUCAUCCAGCGGACUUUUGCCUCCUCCUCGGGUGGGGAGCAGAGCGGAAGUGACACAGACACAGACAGUGGCUACGGAGGCGAAUUAGAGAAGGGCGACUUGCGCGCUGAGCAGCCAUACUUCAAAAGCGAUCACCACGGACGCAGGUUCGCCGCUGCCGUGGGAGACCGCGUCAGCACGAUUAAGCAAGAAUCUGAGGAGCCUCCCACCAAGAAGAGUCGAAUGCAGCUCUCAGAGGAGGAAGGCCACUUUGCUGGCAGUGACCUGAUGAGUUCCCCGUUCCUCGGGCCACACCCACAUCAGCCUCCAUUUUGCCUGCCCUUCUAUCUUAUACCACCAUCAGCGACUGCCUACCUGCCUAUGCUGGAGAAAUGCUGGUACCCCACCUCUGUGCCAGUGUUAUACCCAGGCCUCAACACCUCUGCAGCAGCCCUCUCCAGCUUCAUGAACCCAGAUAAGAUCCCGACUCCCUUGCUCUUGCCCCAGAGACUCCCUUCGCCCUUGGCACAUUCAUCCCUCGACUCUUCGGCCUUGCUGCAGGCUCUGAAGCAGAUCCCUCCUUUAAAUUUAGAAACCAAAGACUAAACUCUUUAGGGGGAUCACCUGCUGCUUUGCUGUCCUUCCUCCCUGAUUCCAAAAACCACGAAGGUGUCUGUGAGUGCAGAGAGAGAUCUUCCACCAUGCAGACCCACAGAGAAGAUUCAGUGUGAGUGCGUGCGUGUGUGCGUGCGUGCGUGUGUGUGUGUGUGUGUGUGUGUGUGUGUGUGUGUGUGUGUGUAGGACAUUAAGUUCCUCCUGAUGGCCUGGCAUCAGAUGAUAGGACUGUAGCAGAUCCUCUGGGCUUCUCCUUUACCCAGAGGAGUCUCCUGUGAGAGAAAUCAGUUGGAUAUUCCUGUGCUUCAGACGCUUGAUCUGUGAGUCACUCCGCAGUUUAGGAGGUGGGUCUGUCUGUGGCUUUGAGAAAAGGUACUUUCAAAAGAGGGCCUUCCAACGCACAGUGCACAGCCAGCUGUUAGGACCCCACCCAUGUCCCUUUAUUGUCGAGGUGACUCACACCAGGCUGACAGAGUGGACAGACUGAGCUUUCUGCUAAGGUGGCGAGGUAGCCAACACUGGCAUGUCACGGUAGUGGUUUGGGCAACUUUCCACAGGUCUCCUCCCCCCACCCCAGCCUCAGAUGAAUAAAGACAGUGCAGUUCCCUAACUCAGGCUUUUGUGGUGAUAAGCUUACUAAGGAACCGAAAAUGGCCCCCUUUGUACAAGCUGAGGCUACUGGGGACCCAAGCUGGACCUGAGCAGUCCUCAGGCCCGUGGCACCCCUUCCUAGGUCUCACUUCUAUGGCAUGCUGUCCAAGAAACCAAAGGACGGUCUCGGAGAUGGCAGAUGCCCCAAAUGUCCCAAAGUGCACAAAGCUAAGCAAUCAAUUGCUACUAUCCCUUAUUGCACAGCCAGACUUGGAUUUCAGUCUAUCCUAAAGCUUUGAAUCAAGCUUCUCAAAGGCCUAGCAGAGCUUUGGCACCCCAAGAUCCUUUUGUAGGCUAAUCCCUCUUGCCCGGCAGCAUAUGGAGUGUCCUUACUGCUAAAAAGGAUUCUGUCUCCUUUAAGGAAGUUUUAUUUUUGAUUCAGAGUCCUUGUUUUCUUGACUUGCUCAGCCAGCCCUGCACCAGCUUUUCCAAAAUGCACUAUGCUUGUGUUUUAACUUUCUUUUUAUUUGGGCAUAAAAGUCGUUGCCUUUAUUUGUAAAGCUGUUAUAAAUAUAUAUUAUAUAAAUAUAUGACAAAGGAAAAUGUUUCAGAUGUCUAUUUGUAUAAUUACUUGAUCUACACAGUGAGAAAAAUGAAUGUAUUCCUGUUUUUGAAGAGAAGAAUAAUUCUUUUUCUCUAGGGAGAGGAGAGGUUACAGUGUUUAUAUUUUGGAACCUUCCUGAAGGUGUGAAAUUGUAAAUAUUUUUAUCUAAGUAAAUGUUAAGUAGUUGUUUUAAAAAUACUUAAUAAAAGAAUCUUUUUUUCCUGUGGAAGAGAAAUGGUCUCCUUGGUUUUAAAAAUAACUUGAGUGUCAUGGUACUUCCUCAGUCCUCUGGCCUGAAGACAGCAUCGAGCUUGUCAUGUGCCUGGCAUGAAGAACAAGCUGAAUCCACAUAGUAAAUAGAUACUGGAUUAUUUUUGUUUUAUUAUUUGUUUGU